AUGGACGUGACGAAUAGAACCACCGGUCUGACUCUAUUCAACUGCAGCGUGGACUUCAGCUACCGAUUCACCUACUACCAGAUCACCUACAGCAUCAUUUUCAUCUGCGGCCUGGCCAGCAACAGCAGGGCACUCUGGCACCUGUGGCACAUGCCACCUACCCUUACUAGCACCGCUAUUUACAUGGUCAACCUUGCCAUUGUUGACCUGUUCUUCAUGGUUUCUCUACCUCUGCGCAUCUAUUAUUACUACAACAGGUCACACAGUAGCACUUGGUCUCCCGGAAGCGUCUUCUGCCAGCUGACCUUCACCCUUAAGUACAUGAGCAUGUAUGGAGGGAUCUUCUUCCUCGCAUGCAUAGGACUAGACCGGUACUUUGCUGUAACACACGCUACACCCAGGCAGCCGCUCCGGGCACGUAACGCCCGCUCUGUCAGCACUAUGAUCUGGUUAUUAGUCCUGGCUCUGAGUCUGUCAUUGCCAUUCCUGCAAUACAUAACCUUUCACAAUGGAGAGCGGACAGAUGUACCAUGCCAGCUUGACCCAUCCUUAGGGCACCAUCAAACUUUCAUACUGGUAGCUCUGGGACUGGUACAAGUUGCCUUCCUGUUGCCCACAAUCCUGCUGCUCUUCAGCUACUGCAGCAUAUUGAACGUGCUGAGCCGGAUGCCACACCGAGCGAAAUUCCGCCAGCAGCGCACCCUCUCGCUCAUCUACUGCGUGCUGAGCGUCUUCCUGCUGUGUUUCGCGCCAUACCACGUCAACCUGCUGUUCUACACGCUCUCUCACACGGGCCUGGUGCUCAGCUGUACCCUGGCUACGAUAGUGUCUGCGCUGCACCCCGUGGUUCUCUCGCUGGCCAGCGUCAACUGCUGCCUUAACCCGCUCGUGUACUACUGCUCCAGCGGUGGGGCGAACAGAGAGACGUCCAGCAGCAGGAGCAGCCAGUGA